UUCUUUUCAAAAGGAUGUGUCCAUACUUAUUUUAAACCCUUAGUUAUCGCGUUCUUGAAAGGUAUAAGAUUGCUUUAGACUUCGUCUUCCUCACCCACCCACCGUUUAGUAUAAAUAAGCCACAGCAUUAAUUAAUCCUAAAACCACAUAGAGAGAUCCAGAGAGAGAAGCUGCGUGUAAGAAAAUGGGAAGAAGAGAGAUAGGAUUGAUUUUCAUACUGUUUGGUUCUGCCAUGGCCAUAGCAUCUUCUCUGCAAGAAAUCUUGGCAACAGAGUCCAAUUGCCACCAGAAAACUAACACAGAAAAACAUGGCGAAGAUGGGGCUACUAACCAGAUUGGCAGAAGAAACCGUGCAUGUGCGAUCACCGUUUCUCAGGCGGUUGCUCAUGGAGGUGGUGCCAGCAGAGGUGGUGGUGUUAGUAGUCCUCAUACAGUAGGAGGUGGUGCCAGCAGAGGUGGUGGUGUCAGUAGUCCUCAUACAGGAGGAGGUAGUGCCGUAAUCCCCAUUUACGUAGCUGGUUCAGCGCAAGCACAACGCCGCCGAGGUCGACCAGUCAAUGCAGGAAAUCGCCAUGAGAACGACAUGUGGCUUCUGGUAGCUGCAGCUUUGGCUGCCACUGCACAUCUGUAAGAGUCUUCUAAUAUCAAGGCUGCCUCCAAAGGGAGCACCCGGAGGAGAAUCUGUAGAAAGCUGGGUUAUGAAGAGGAAAAAUAACCGAAGGUUCUUGAGAUCAAUCAAAAUAUGGUUUUUGGGUGGAAUUUGUGACUAGAUUUGUUAUUUACUAGUAGCAGGUUAUCCAAUUGAAUAUCUGAAUAUCAAAAUAUGGUUUUUGGGUGGAAUUUGUGACUAGAUUUGUUAUUUACUAGUAGCAGGU